AUGGCGAUUGCUCCAACCGCUACUAUCGCUAAUAUUGCUGGUUGUUAUCCGUGUAUUGAAGCCAUGUAUAGCAAUAUUUAUGUCAAGUCCAAUGUAGCGGAAAUAGCCGCCGUGCGCAGUAAAUGGAUAGACCAAAGUAUUAGCCAUAAUGUUUUUGCCCAGGAAACUUCGGGCAAGAAACUUAACGAUAUUUAUUUUGCCGCCUGGGAAAAAGGUUUAAAAACUACUUAUUAUUUAAGGACUUUGGGAGCCAGCCAAAUUGAAAAAUCUACUUUGGAUGCCA